CUACCGGAUAUCCGGUGGCGAGAGCCCAAUCACCCAUCGCCACAUUAGCGCCACAUUGCCCGGCCAUCAUUAAAUACCCCCGAAAAUCGUUCGCCGGUGCUUCGGGUCAUGUGCAUAGUGAUGAAUAGAAUCGUUUAAUUUCAGCCGUACACAUAGAGUAGUUAGGUUCCACUCUAAAUCAAUAGCAAUGGCCUUUUCGCCUAUCUCGCGGCUGCACCUCUCCUGGUGCGUCGUCGCGUUGUCAAUAAUUAGCAUGUACAAAGUCGAAUGUAUUGCAGUCAUGUCUGUGGACCUUGGUGUCGAGUGGAUGAAAGUUGCCAUUGUGUCUCCUGGAGUUCCUAUGGAAAUCGCUUUAAACAAAGAUUCACAGAGAAAAACGCCAGUUGCCAUUGCAUUCAGAGAUGGGGAACGACAUUUUGGUGAACAAGCCGUCUCUACUGGCGUCAGGUUCCCAGACAAGAGCUACUCUCACUUCCUUGACUUGCUGGGCAAGGACAGGAACAACCCUGUGGUGAAGGAAUUUGAACGUCGCUUCCCGUACUACCAGCUAGAGGCUGACCCCAAGACCGGCGGGGUCUUGUUCAGGCACCCGGAGAACAUGACCUUUAGCCCCGAGGAAUUGCUUGGCAUGAUUCUGGCCCACGCGAGAGAAUUCGCUUCGAAUGCCGCUGGGCAGACAAUAAAGGAUGUAGUUAUCACAGUUCCUGUAUUCUUCAACCAAGCCGAAAGGAGGGCACUCGCUCAGGCUGCUAACCUCGGAGGUCUCAAACUACUUCAGCUUAUUGGAGCCAACACUGCCGCUGCGCUGAACUACGGUGUUUGCCGCAAGGAAUUCAACGACACCCCAGUCCACAUUCUGUUUUACGACAUGGGAACUGGCAGCACCACAGCCACUAUUGUGGCCUACCAGACUGUCAAGACCAAGGACAUUCUCGCAGAGCACGUGCCCCAGCUUUCCAUUAAGGGCGUCGGGUAUGAUCGUUUCCUGGGUGGUCUGGAGUUCAAGCUGCGGUUGGGCGAGAGGUUUGCCCAGGAGUUCAGUGCACUCAAGAAGACAAAGCAGGAUGUGUUUGACAACAAGCGUGGUCUGGCCAAGCUCUUCAAGGAGGCUGAUCGUGUCAAGAAAGUCCUAAGUGCCAAUACUGAACACGUGGCCCAGGUUGAAAAUGUCAUGGAAGAUGUGGACUUCAAGCAUCCGAUCACCAGGGCUGAAUUUGAGGAGAUCUGUGAUGACCUGUUCAAGCGUGUGUCUGCACCUAUCCACAUGGCUCUGUCAUCUGCUGGCAUGACUUUGGGUGAAAUCGACCAAGUGAUCGUGGUGGGUGGCAGCACCCGCAUCCCGCGCGUGCAGCAGGAGUUGCACGCUGCUCUGGGAAGCAACAGGGAGCUGGGCAAGAGCAUCAACGCGGAUGAGGCAGCAGCGCUCGGUGCAGCCUAUCAGGCCGCCUACCUCAGCAAAGGUUUUAAGGUCAAAGUUUUCCAGGUGAAGGAGGCCAGUCUGUUCCCCAUUCAGGUGGACUUUAGCCGAGAUGUGGACACGGACGGCAUCAAGAGCACGAAAGUGGUGCGGCGUGUCCUGUUUAACAGGAAUAACCUCUACCCUCAAAAGAAGGUCAUGACCUUCUCUCGAUACGCAACAGACUUUGACUUCGAUGUCAACUACGGAGACCUUAGUUUCCUACCUCACGAGGAGCUUGGCAACUUCGGAUCGCUGAAUAUCAGCAAAGUGUCUUUGACUGGGGUGGCAGAAGCAAUUCAAAAGCAUGCUGACAGUGCUGAGCCCAAGGGCAUCAAAGCUCACUUUAGGCUGGAUGAAAGUGGCCUGCUUCACCUAGACUCUGCAGAGGCGACCUUUGAGAAGACGGUUGAGGAAGUGGUUCCUCCCGCCGAGGAGUCGACCCUGUCACGACUAGGAAGCACCCUGGGAAAAUUGUUUUCUGGAAGUUCAGAUGAGUCUGCAAAGGAGGAGGGUGGCCAAGAAGCGGACAAUAGUACUGCACAGGCCCACGAGAACACCACUGCCAGCCAUGAUAGCGAGAACAGGAUGCAGGCUGAGCAGAGAAGCUUGGAUGGCGAUGCUGCCGGCAAUGAAACUGUCAAGACUAAAGUGGUCACAAUCAAAGAGCCGGUGGCCAUUCGCUUGACUCUCGUGGACCGCAUGGAAAUGAACGCUGAGCAGCUUGCAGAGUCCAUCAAGAAGCUCUCUGACCUGGAAAACAAGGAUAAGGCAAAGCUUGCAAGGGACCACGCAAGGAAUGCCUUGGAGUCGUUCCUGCAUGAAACCAAAGACAAGAUGUACAGCGAGGAGUACGAGAAGGCCUCCACCGAGGUGGAGCGCCAGAACAUCAUUGCCAAGCUCACAGAGGGUUCGGACUGGCUUGAGUACGAAUCGGACAAUGCCGAGACCAAGGCCUUCAAGGAGAAGCUGUCUGGCUUGACACGGCUUGUCAAGGACCUGUUCGACCGUGUACAAGAACACCGGGAGCGACCAGGAGCCCUGGUUGCUCUGAACAACAUGCUGAAUGCCAGCGAGGUGUACCUGUCGGCCAUCACUGGCCUCCAGGACCAGGUCUUCACUGUCGUUGAGAUUGAAACGCUGUCUAGGAUCAUCAACGAAACUAAGGACUGGCAAACGGAGCAUGUGACACUGCAAGAACAGACUCCGCUGCACGAAACCCCUAAACUGACCUUGCGCAUGAUCUUCGACAAGAUCCAGAUUUUGGACCGAGAAACCAAGUACCUCUUGAACAAGGCUCAGCGUGCACCACCGCCAAAGCAGACGACCAAGAAGCCUGAAACACCAGAACCCACGAAAGAGGCCGAGGAGGAGGUUGUGGCAGACGUGGAGAUGCCCGAGGGACCAAUACCAGUGGAACAGCCGGCAACAGAAGCCGAAGGUGCUGUUCCCUUGGAACCCAUUGAGCCGACACCUGAACAGCCCGAAGACGGCCCACACACCGAACUUUGAUGGAUCACAGAACACUGCACUCUAAUUUAUAGACUCGUCGCUCUCAGUUUGCGGCUCAUUGGCAGCCCAGACAAAACUGUUUGAGAGAGGGUUCCUUUGUUUUUCUCCUCCUCCAUUGUGGAAGUUGUUUUGUACAUAUAUAGCCAGAGUUAUUUAAUGACAGUGGGGUGUAAGAUUACCUGCGUGCCCAUUGAAAAGCGCAGCAGGAGAAUGUUUCCAUGAAAUAGUCUCGGUGCUAGCUUCUCCAGAGGUGUAUUGCUCGGAGCGCUUGGGAACAUCACAUCAGAAAAUGCAGUAGGAGUGUUGAGAAUGUGAAAAUUUCAUUCUUUUUUUCUCGUCCUCAUUUGUAGUGUUAGUGAUAGCAGCUGCCAGCAAGCUGAUAUUGAUCACAUUCUUGUUAGUGUUUUGUGCAGAAAUAUAUUUGCUGGAAGCCCCCACGACAUUUUGCAUCUAGCUUGUACAAUGACGAGCUGUGCUGCACGAAGAUUUGUAAUGUUGCAGUUAUGCGUUAAGUGGAAUAGGUGGACAAAAUUGUAGAAAACUUUUUUUAUGCUUCCGUGCGUAGGCGACUGUUCAAAUAGAUAGUGACAGUUGAAAAAUGGAGCGGGUGAAUGAGCGCACGUCGAAGCAUGAUUUGCAGAACCUGGUGAAAGUGCUUUCUGGUUAUCCGAACCAGCAGCAGCCGGUGAGCUAAUGUAAUCUUUGAUAAUUUGUAGGCACUAACUGUCGAAGUUGGCAGCACUUUACAAAAGACCCUGUAGACUAGUACUCAAUGUAGUGUCAUAAAUAUUGCCACAGAAACAUUCAUUUUUCAUGUUCAGCUAAGCUAAGGUGCAUUGGACCACUUGUUUGCGUUGGAUGUGCUGCUGAACAGUAUAUAAAGGCAUGCACAAAGGUGUGUUUGUUAUUUGUGUUCAAUUUUUUUUUUUUAUGGUGUUGUCAUGGUGUAUAGAGAAAAAAAAAUUUUUUUUCGAGACUUUCAAUUUUGCACUUUGUGUAUGGGCUGGUAGCUACUCUUACAACUUAUAUUAUCUGUUUUCAGGCAAGUAUUUGAUCAGGGAGCCUCAGUUUGCGAUAUGUGGCACUUUUUUUUUAGUACUUGCACAUUUGAUUGCACAUUGCCUCUUGUGUGAGAUAUCAUUUAAGAGUGGCAGUCAUGGAAAUGAAUUCCUUUCACGUGUGCUGAGUACAAAGAGCGUCUUCGAAAAUUUCAUUUGCAUAUGAAAAGUGCGGUGGCCACAGAAGCGUGUUGUUGAAGUGAGAGACCACGAGCAAGACUGAGUGAAUGACACCCCCCUCCUUCCUCCCCUGACCAGAUGCAGAAUGCUGGCUGCUGUGUAUUUUCUUCAAUGUUGGUUCUCUACACCAUGUACAUAUUGAACGACAAAUGUCCUGUUUGCAAAUAAAGGCUUGUGGUCUCGUCA